AACCGUUCCAAUCGUACCCUGUACCUGCCCAACUUUAAAAAGCGCACACACCCACCUAAAGGCUAAAGGGAUCGCGACCAACGACGACGACGACCCGCACUAGCCCAAGUCCACUCCAUCCACUUCCUAGUUCCUUCUCGCCGAAGAAUUAGCGCCAAGUACGCGUCGUCCCCCUCCCAUGGCGAGCGCCGCGGCGUCGGCGUCGGCGUCGGCGGCGCAGGAGCUCGACCGGGAGCAGUACCUGCAGGAGCUGAUCCGGGGCUCCAUGCUGGACCCGCCGUCGUCGUCGUCGUCCCGCGCGGGCCGCGUGCGGCCGCUCACCGACGACGAGAUCGGGCGGUUCUACUGCGAGGUCUGCAUGGAGUGGAAGCUGGUGUUCGACCGGUUCCGCGUCUCCGACGGCUGCCCCCACGCGUUCUGCGUCGCCUGCGUCGUCGGCCACAUCGAGGCCCGCGUCGCGGCGGGGAGCGUGCCCGUGCCGUGCCUCCUGGCGGGCGGGGGCGGCUGCUCCGGCGGCGGCGUCAUGCACCCGGAGCGCUGCAAGAAGCUGCUCGACAUCGACGUGUUCGACCGGUGGUGCGUCGCGCUCUGCGAGCGCGCCGUCGGCCCCGCGCGCGCGCGGUGCCCCUACCGCGACUGCGGCGAGAUGGCGGCGCUCGAGGGCGAGGCGGCGGCCGCGGCCCUGCCCCUGCGCGCCGCGGCGUCCAAGGCGUCCUGCCCGACCUGUUCCCGCGCGUUCUGCCUGCAGUGCGAGGAGCCGUGGGACGACCGCCAUGGCGGCGGCGGCGGCGGCGACGGCGGCGCACGGUGCGCGCUGACCCAGCUCGCCAAGGGGCGCGAGUGGCGGCGCUGCCCCAGCUGCCGCGCCAUGAUCGACAAGAUCGAUGGGUGCAAGCGCAUGACAUGCAGAAGCAAAAGCAAGCAUUCGACAGAAACAUGGCGGCCGAGGCGGCGCUGGAGCCCAACCAGGAGUUCCUCGAGGCCUGCAUGCCGUCGGCGUAAUCGAUCGGCCAGGGAGGCGUCCCGCCACGUGCCGCCGCUCGAUCAGCGACGACGACAUCGGGUGGCUCCACUGCGAGAGAUCUGCGACGAGCCGAGGCUGCUGUACUUCUGUACGACGGCCGCCGCGUGUCCGACGGGUGCGCGCACGUACGCGAGCUCUGCAUCGCCUGCGUCGUCGUCAGCCACGUCGCGAGCGAGGCCCCGCGUCGCGGCGGAGGAGGAGAGGUGCCCGUGCGCUGCGCUGCCCUUUCCCGGACUUCCACUGCGACUGCGACGCCGUCGUGCACCCCGGAGGACUUUAAGAAUUAACCUGCUCUACCUCUACAUCGGCGGCUUCGACGUACGCGUGGUGGCGUCGCGCUCUGCGAGCUCGCCGUCGGUCAGCGGCUCAGGCGCCUUCGCGCGCUAGCUGUCCCAACCCGGACUGCGGCGAGCUGCUCGACGCCGGCGGUAGUCCCUGACUGAUAGUCAAACCUCCAAACUUGUUUAUGCACUUUGGAACGCAAAAUUGCACUCGCAUGUAACACAUCUAUAUACAGCUUUUCUUGAAAAAAAAAAUUCUUGAGUUCGAGUGUUCGAUCGACAACUUAUAAUCCAGGUGAGUGACAUGUAGGUUUAUUACUUGUAUAUUUUUAAUAGGCACCCACUGACAUGUGGGCCCUAUAUAAAUUGUUUUCAUUAUUUAUUUUAAAUUUUUGC